AUGCGUAGCUCAUUCAUCGCUCUUUUCAUUCUCGCCGCUACCGUCGGUACUCUCGCGGCUCCGACACCCGUCGACCCGUUUUCCCAGAAGCUAGAGCGCAAAACCGACCCUUUCGACCCCAAGGACUACGAAGACUUCACUGUAGAGCGCAAGACCGACCCUUUCGACCCCAAGGACUACGAAGACUUCACCGUAGAGCGCAAGAACGACCCUCUAGACCCAAAGGACUACGAAGGCUUCACCAUCAAGGAAGGCUUCACCCUCGAUCUAGCGUCCAGACAAAUGUUACAAUACGAUGGCUUCGAGAACGGCGGAGGCCGGUAG